GCGCCUGCGCAGUGCGGCGGGAGACAGCGGUCUGUUCUCCGCUGAGGAGGAGCGGGGCAGAGGAGGGAGGCAGUGGGUGAGAGUUCAGAGUUCAGCCGCAGCAGCUCGAGCCCAUGAUUCCCAUAUGCCCUGUAGUUUCUUUCACCUAUGUGCCCAGCCGGCUGGGGGAAGAUGCCAAAAUGGCGACCGGCAACUACUUUGGAUUCACCCACAGCGGGGCGGCGGCGGCGGCGGCUGCGGCCCAGUAUAGUUCUGUUCUCUGGAGCAGCAUGGACCAGCAGCCAGCUUCCGGUGUAGCCUACUCUCAUCCAACUACAGUUGCUAGCUAUACUGUCCAUCAGGCUCCAGUAGCUGCACACACAGUUACUGCUGCCUAUGCACCAGCAGCCGCCACAGUUGCAGUUGCCAGGCCUGCUCCAGUAGCUGUGGCAGCUGCUGCAACAGCUGCUGCUUAUGGAGGCUACCCUACUGCACAUACAGCUACUGACUAUGGUUAUACCCAGAGGCAACAAGAAGCACCACCACCACCACCUCCAGCUACUACACAAAACUACCAGGACUCGUACUCAUACGUAAGAUCCACAGCUCCUGCUGUAGCUUAUGAUAGUAAGCAGUACUACCAGCAGCCCACAGCAACUGCUGCUGCUGUAGCUGCUGCUGCCCAGCCUCAGCCUUCUGUUGCUGAAACCUACUAUCAGACAGCUCCCAAAGCAGGUUACAGUCAAGGUGCAACUCAGUAUACACAAGCCCAGCAAACUCGACAAGUAACAGCCAUAAAACCAGCCACACCAAGUCCGGCUACCACUACUUUCUCCAUUUAUCCUGUAUCUUCCACCGUUCAGCCAGUAGCAGCUGCAGCAACUGUGGUGCCAUCCUAUACACAGAGUGCUACUUACAGUACUACAGCAGUUACUUACUCUGGCACAUCUUAUUCAGGUUAUGAGGCAGCGGUGUACUCGGCCGCCUCCUCCUACUACCAGCAGCAGCAGCAGCAGCAGAAGCAGGCAGCUGCUGCCGCCGCCGCCGCUGCUGCCACUGCCGCCUGGACAGGGACCACCUUCACUAAAAAGGCGCCAUUCCAGAAUAAACAGCUGAAGCCAAAACAGCCUCCCAAACCGCCCCAGAUUCACUAUUGUGAUGUUUGUAAGAUCAGCUGUGCUGGACCACAGACUUAUAAAGAACAUUUAGAAGGACAAAAACAUAAAAAAAAGGAAGCUGCAUUGAAAGCCUCACAAAAUACCAGCAGCAGCAACAGCUCUGCCCGUGGGACUCAGAACCAACUGCGCUGUGAGCUCUGUGAUGUGUCCUGCACAGGAGCAGAUGCAUAUGCUGCCCACAUUCGUGGUGCUAAGCAUCAGAAAGUGGUUAAAUUACACACAAAACUUGGUAAACCCAUUCCUUCAACAGAACCAAAUGUUGUCAGUCAAGCUACUUCUUCAACAGCUGUAUCUACUUCAAAACCAACAGCCUCUCCUUCAAGCAUUGCAUCGAGCAAUUGUACUGUGAAUACUUCAUCAAUUGCAACUUCUUCAGUGAAAGGUCUUACAACUACAGGAAACUCGUCUCUAAAUAGCACAUCCAACACUAAAGUAUCAGCAGUGCCUACAAAUAUGGCUGCCAAGAAAACAUCUACACCCAAAAUAAACUUUGUUGGUGGUAAUAAGCUGCAAUCAACAGGAAAUAAAACAGAAGACUUAAAAGGAGCUGAAUGUGUUAAAAGCACUCCUGUCACUUCUGUUCAGAUACCAGAAGUAAAGCCAGACACAGUGUCAGACCCGGUUACACCUGCAUCUCUUGCUGCGUUGCAGAGUGACGUGCAGCCAGUAGGCCAUGAUUAUGUGGAGGAGGUACGAAAUGAUGAAGGAAAAGUAAUUCGAUUCCAUUGUAAAUUAUGUGAGUGCAGUUUUAAUGAUCCCAAUGCUAAGGAGAUGCACUUAAAAGGGCGAAGACACAGACUUCAAUAUAAAAAAAAAGUAAAUCCAGAUUUGCAAGUAGAAGUAAAGCCUAGUAUUCGAGCAAGAAAGAUUCAAGAAGAGAAAAUGAGGAAGCAAAUGCAGAAAGAGGAGUAUUGGCGAAGACGAGAAGAAGAAGAACGCUGGAGAAUGGAAAUGAGACGUUAUGAAGAGGACAUGUACUGGAGACGAAUGGAGGAAGAACAGCAUCAUUGGGAUGAUCGCCGCCGAAUGCCUGAUGGAGGCUAUCCUCACGGUCCCCCAGGCCCAUUAGGCCUUCUGGGAGUCCGCCCAGGCAUGCCUCCUCAGCCACAGGGGCCUGCACCUUUACGUCGCCCUGACUCAUCUGAUGACCGUUAUGUGAUGACAAAACAUGCGACCAUUUAUCCAACUGAAGAGGAAUUACAGGCAGUUCAGAAAAUUGUUUCUAUCACUGAACGUGCUUUAAAACUUGUUUCAGACAGUUUGUCUGAACAUGAGAAGAGCAAGAACAAAGAGGGAGAUGAUAAGAAAGAGGGAGGUAAAGACAGAGCUUUAAAGGGAGUUUUGCGAGUGGGAGUUUUGGCAAAAGGAUUACUUCUCCGAGGAGAUAGAAAUGUCAACCUUGUUUUGCUGUGCUCAGAGAAACCUUCAAAGACAUUAUUAAGCCGUAUUGCAGAAAACCUACCCAAACAGCUUGCUGUUAUAAGUCCUGAGAAGUAUGACAUAAAAUGUGCUGUGUCUGAAGCGGCAAUAAUUUUGAAUUCAUGUGUGGAACCCAAAAUGCAAGUCACUAUCACCCUGACAUCUCCAAUUAUUCGAGAAGAGAACAUGAGGGAAGGAGAUGUAACCUCGGGUAUGGUGAAAGACCCACCGGACGUCUUGGACAGGCAAAAAUGCCUUGACGCUCUGGCUGCUCUACGCCACGCUAAGUGGUUCCAGGCUAGAGCUAAUGGUCUGCAGUCCUGUGUGAUUAUCAUACGUAUUCUCCGGGACCUCUGUCAGCGAGUUCCAACUUGGUCUGAUUUUCCAAGCUGGGCUAUGGAAUUACUAGUAGAGAAAGCAAUCAGUAGUGCCUCUAGUCCUCAGAGCCCUGGUGAUGCACUGAGAAGAGUUUUUGAGUGCAUUUCUUCAGGGAUUAUCCUUAAAGGUAGUCCUGGACUUCUGGAUCCUUGUGAGAAGGAUCCCUUUGAUACCUUGGCAACAAUGACUGACCAGCAGCGUGAAGACAUCACAUCCAGUGCACAGUUUGCUUUGAGACUCCUUGCAUUCCGCCAGAUACACAAAGUUCUAGGCAUGGAUCCAUUACCCCAAAUGAGCCAACGUUUUAACAUCCACAACAAUAGGAAACGAAGAAGGGAUAGCGAUGGAGUUGAUGGGUUUGAAGCUGAAGGGAAAAAAGACAAAAAAGAUUAUGAUAACUUUUAAAAAGUUUCUGUAAAUCUUCAGUGUUAAACAACAGGUGCCCCAUUUGUUGGCUGUUUUUCAUUCACAAUAAUGUCUACUUCAGAAAAUUUAUGAAUUUCAUAGAAGAACCAAGUUUUUCUAUGACAUUAAAAUCUUAAUGUACAGUGUUAGGUAUUAUAUGAAUGGAAAGACCACCCCCCCUCCCCUCCCCCGCCAAUCUUUGCCCCACAAAAACCUGUGCUCCAACUAGGGGAAAAACUGUGGUUCAGGUUUUUUCCCUUUAUUUUGUUUUUAUUACUGGUUGCCCUAGCUCUCCCUAUUUUUGUGUCUUUUAUUAACUAGUCUUAUUAAAUCUUUACUGUAUUUAAUGCAGUAUUUGUGCUUCAGUUGCUGUGUAUUUUGAUAUUUUUAUUUAGAGGGUUUGUUUGUUCUUUGACACUAGUUAUUUUGUGUUACAGAUCAUAUCCUUUACCCCUUCUUAAUAUUUUACAGCAGUUUUUUGUAACGUGAAACUGCAGAAUUUUUUCCUUUUGUUUUGUUAUUCUAUAUGUGAUGGAUUACAACACAAAAAGUUAUCCUGCCAUUUAAGUGCUCAGAACUGAAUGCUUCUGCAGAUCUUGUGGCAUUUGUCUCUCUAGUGUGAUAUAUAAAGGUGUAAUUAAGAAAGAUCUCUGGUAAUCUAAUCAAGUUUGCUGUUAGUUGUGCAUUAGCAGUAUAAAAGCUAAUAUAUACUAUAUGGUCUUGCAACAGUUUUAAAGCUUCUGCAUUAUUGAUAAUAAAAAUGCAUGACAUUUUUGUUUUUAAUAGACUUUUAAAAUUAUAAUUUUAGGUUUGACACAUGGAUCUUUGUACAGUUGACUUUUUGACAUAGCAAGGCCAAAAAUAACUUUCUGAAUAUUUUUUUCUUCUGCAUAAGUGGAAAGGACAUUUUUCAUAUAAGUGGGCUAACCAAUAUUUUCAAAAGAACUUUAUCAUUGUGCAACUAACAACAGUAACUAGCCCUUAAUUAUGAUGACAGUUCCUUAUUGGUGUGUGUGAGAGUACUCUAGCGACUAUUACAGUAUAACACAAUUGAAUGAUUCCUGCUCCACCCCCAUAUCCCAUCACCCAGAUACUUUACAGUUCUAUUAACAGUGAGGUUGAUAAAGUAUUACUGAUAAAAAUUAAGAUUAAGGAAAACAAAAUGAUUUGGUGUGGCCAUCUUACAUGCUUAUGUGUCCUACAAAAAGCUAAAUAUUCUAUCAGUGGUGUAAUGAAAAGUUACAUCUUACCGUUGAUGUAUGUAUGCUCUGGUACACAGAUGUCCUUUGUUGUCACAGCACUACAGUGAAAUACACAAAUAAAAACUUAAAUUCAUAUGAUGACUUACAUGUAUUAUAUAUUAGAAUUGACAUAAACUAUUUUUGCUUUGAAAUUACUUAGGCUUCAGUAAAAUCAUAUUCAGAUUUAUUGGAUACUUAAAUCUUGCUAUUUCUGACAAAUGUUCAUUGCCUGAGCACAUAAUUUACAGAAAAUGUUGUAAUUCAUUAACAUGCUGGUUCAGUUUCUUCCUUGGGUCAGAAUCUUUCCCCGGACUUACAGAUGGUCACUGGCGAACCAGAGCAGGAGAUGGGCUUUUCUCCUAGUCUGGCCACUUACUAUCUAUGUAACGGGCAAGCUAUUUUUUUUUCCUUUUUUGUAAAUUUUAUUCUUUAUGCAUCUCAUUUUACUCUUUAGAAAAAUAAAUCACCCAAUUAAAUUUGGGAAUUUUGUUUCCCACAGUUCUCUUAAGAGAGAAGAAAAGAACUGAUGCCACACACUAAUGAUAAGACAUUGUCCUGGGUGUUUUCACGUUUUCAGUUUAAAACAUAAGAAUAAAUGAAGGUGUUAUAUUUCUUAUUUUCCAGAUGAGGAAAUUGAAGCCUCAAUCGGCUACUCUACAUCAAUUUAAGUGAUAGUUGAAAUUGGGAGUCAGGUUUCAAAGUUUGCCAAGCUGCUGCCUUCAUCUUGCAAUUGAUGUUUUAAAAAGUUUGCAGUGCAUUUCACAAUUUUGCAUUUAGUGUGGGUAUCUUCAUCCAGAUACAUAAUGGGUACCAUUUAAAUUUUUACUAAAAUAAUUAUAUCAGUAUUAUUUGUUGCAUGGUUUUCAUAUCACAUUAAUCAUCUUAUGUGAAAUAACUUGGAUGGACUAUUCAUUACUAUGUUUGACAGUUUUUUUAAAAUACACUUUCUAGUCGAAACUCAUUGGUUAUUACCCUGACAAUACAUUCUCAUCCAAUUGUAUGGCAGCUAAUUUCCUUACCAGUUACUCUCUCAAGCUGGCUUUCCUUGUUACCUGUGCAUGCUUAGGUUACAAUAAUUUAAUGGUAACCCAAGUAAAACAAGUUGAGUCCUCUCCUUCACCCUCAGUUAUAUCAUGCAUUCCAAAUUAGAACUUUCUUUGCCUUUACCACUGUAGUUUCUGUUUCUUUGAAUAAACUAGAAUUAAAAAUGAAAAAUUAUGUAACAGCAUAAUAAGAGCUGACUUUUAAGGCCUUGGUGUUUUAAAUCUUUUUUUCUCCUUUAAUUGACAAAAAGCAUAAAUCUUUUGCAUGGUAAUGCUAUAAUGUUGUCAAUAUGAAUUUCUUAUAAAUAAUUCCUUUAAUGAAUCCACCAUUUUUUAAAUGCGGAAUUUGACAAAACUCUAGUUUUUAAAAAUUUCCCAAUAAGCAAAUUUCAUAGUCUUUUAAGGCAUAGCAGUAGUCUCAGAUUUGUUCAUGAGAGCAGUCUGGGGAACAUUCUAAAAAUUAAAAUUUCUAAGCCCUAAUUCCAAAGAUUCUGAUUGAGAAGGGCCUGAAAAUUUGCAUUAAAGAUGGCUUUCGCAUAGGUACUUACUUGAAUUGACGGUUCUGCAAAGGAAUAUAUGGUAUAAAUGUCUUCUGCCUUGCCUUUUUCCCAGAGCAGUCAGUGUUAUGCAUAUCCUUCACACGUGUUUGUAUAUCCUUCACACGUGCUCUGUUCAUAUACAGCAUGAAUGUGUGCACCUGUUCACUCUCUAUACAAACGGCUGCAUACUGUGCAUAUUGGUCUGCUCCUUGCCUUUUUUUCAUUUAAUGUAUCUUGGAGUUUUGGAGGUUGUUCCAUGUGACAAUGAACAUGAAAUACUUUGGUAAAAUAGAAACUUUCUUUAAAAGGAUAAGUGGAUAAGUGAGCAAUGUGCAUAGGUAUUCAUUCUCAAAAAUAUAAAUAGCUAAUAGCGAUACGAAAACAAAUUUUCAACCUAGUAAUCAAAUGACAAGGAAAUAAAAGGUAAUAGGCUUUUUUGUCAACCAGAUUGACAAAGAAUAUAAAGAGAGAAUAUAUUAAAGUCUGAGCUAGUAAUACCAAGAUCUUAAAGGCAAAGGCAAGGAGCACUAGCUCAGUUGAUAUCUGCAUUACUAUGUUUUGUUUAAUGCAAAUAGAGCAAGUCUUUGACCCAGCAACUAAACUUUAAAUAAUUUAUCUUAAUCAAGUAAGUAUGCAAAACAAUAAAUUCAAAUAUAUUUACUUAAGAAUUACUGGCAAGUGUGUAAAUUAGAAGCAAUUGAAAUAUUCAGGAAGUAUUUUAAUUAAACAGCUCAACCAUCUAAACGACAUAGACUAGUGACUUAAGGGGGGAGUGCUCCCUUCUUAAAAACCACUAUUCAACCCAUUACUCUUGAGACGUUGUUUGCUCCCUUAGGAAUGUUAGGAAAAAAGUUGAAAAUAACUAUGUAAGAAUAAUACAGGAAAAAAUUUAUAAUGUUUAAUGAAAAAGAUUGUAAAACCAUGUGUAAAAGUAUUAUCCCAAAAUGUUUCCAGUGGUUACCCCUGUAUAAUACAAUUAUGUCUUGUUCAGUUUGGAGCUUUUAUUUCUAUUUGAUUAGGAGGUUUGCUAAUCUCCAUGUUUCUAUAAUAACUUUCACUAUGUAAUAAAUUACUUAAUAAUUCUUAAA